UGCCGGUCCGAGCCGGACCCUGAUGCGGAUCCUCAGCUGCAGGCUUUUAAAAGUUGAGACACGUCUAAGCUGCUGGUCCUCUGCUGCUGGCUGUGGUUGCACUGGGAGAACUGGUGAUGGGCUGCCGGGUCGUCCGUGGGCUUCAGCGGCCUCGCUCCGCUCUGGUUACCGUGGCGAUGCUCCUCGGCGUCCUGCUGGCGGCGGUCUGGGCCGAGAGCACCGACUACUACAAGCUGCUGGGAGUCAGCAGGGAGGCCUCCACCAGAGAGAUCCGACAGGGCUUCAAGAAGCUGGCGCUCACCAUGCACCCCGACAAGAACCCUGGCGACCCGUCAGCACACGAGAAGUUCCUGAAGGUGAACCGAGCCUACGAGGUUCUAAAAGACGAAGACCUACGAAAGAAAUAUGAUAAAUAUGGAGAAAAGGGAUUGGACGAGCAGCAGCAGGGAGGCUACGAGAGCUGGAACUUCUACCGCUACGACUUUGGAAUCUACGAUGAUGAUUUGGAGAUCAUCACGUUGGACAGUGGAGAUUUUGAGGCAGCAGUGAACUCUGGAGAAAUCUGGUUCAUCAACUUUUAUUUCCCACGAUGUUCACACUGUCACCAGCUGGCUCCAACGUGGAGGGAGUUUGCCAAAGAGAUGGACGGCGUGCUGAGGAUCGGAGCGGUGAACUGUGGAGACAACAACCACCUCUGCAGGAGUAAAGGCAUCAACAGCUACCCCAGCCUCUACAUCUACAGAGCAGGACAGAGACCAGAGAAGUUUAACGGGGAACGUUCUAAAGAGAACCUGGUCCGUUUCUCCAUGAAGCUCAUCACCACCACCAUCACUGAGCUGUGGCAAGGUAACGUGUUCAGCGAGAUAGAGAAAGCGUACUCGUCAGGGAUUGGCUGGCUCAUCACCUUCUGCUCCGACACCGGAGAUUGCCUGGAGUCUAAAACCAGACAGAAGCUGGCUGGGAUGUUGGAUGGUCUGGUGAAGGUGGGAUGGGUUGACUGCUCCACACAGGAACCACUCUGUGACAGUUUCCAGGUGACCACUGGAGCGACGGCUUUGUUCCCCCCUGGGAGUUCUCUGGAUCAGGAAGGCAGCGUAUUGUGGCUGAAUACUUUGGACAGUCGAGAGAUUUACAAUCAGGCCAUUAACCAUCUGGCUGAUCUGGAGCUGCUGACCAGCGAGAACUUCCAGAGGAAGCUGGCCCAUCAUCGCUGGUUGGUCAGCUUUACCUUUGGAGACAGAAGCCCCGCCUCCAACGAGUACAAGAAGCUACAAGCUCUGCUCCGAAAUGACCACAUACAGGUUGGUAGAGUGGACUGUGUAGCAGAGUCCUCCUUGUGUCGGUCUCUGUACAUCCAUCAGCCGUGCGUGGCCGUCUUCAAAGGACUGGGCAUCCACGACUUUGAGAUCCACCACGGUAAAGACGUGUUGUACAACAUUGUGGGUUUUGCGAAGGACAGCGUCCGUGCUCAUGUGACGACUCUGAGACCCGACAACUUUCCCUCCGACAGGAAGGAGCCCUGGCUGGUGGACUUCUUUGCCCCGUGGUGUCCUCCGUGCCGAGCCUUACUGCCUGAACUCAGGAAAGCUUCCAUCCAGUUGGCUGGACAGAUGAAGUUUGGCACUCUGGACUGUACCAUCCACCACAGCCUCUGCUCUAUGUAUAAUAUCCAGGCGUACCCCACCACAGUGAUCUUUAACGGCUCCUCUGUUCAUGAAUAUGAAGGCCAACAUUCUGCUGACGGCAUCCUGGAGUUCAUUCAGGAUCUAGUCAACCCGUCUGUGGUGGUCCUGGAUCCUUCCAGCUUCAGCCAGAGAGUCAAAGGCCGGGCGGAGGGGCAGAUCUGGGCGGUGGACUUCUACGCCCCCUGGUGCGGUCCCUGUCAGGCUCUGCUGCCAGAGUGGAGACGCAUGGCCCGGAUGCUGUCUGGUCAGAUCCUGGUUGGUUCGGUGGACUGUCAGCGGUUCCAGUCCUUCUGCCAGGGUCAGGGCGUCAGGGCCUACCCGGAGAUACGCCUCUACCCCGGCAACGCCCGCCAGCCAGACCGCUACAUGAGUUAUAACGGCUGGCACAGAGAUUCACAUUCACUGAAGUCAUGGGCACUGAGUUCUUUACCCCGAGCGUCCGUCGACCUGACUCCCGAGUCCUUCAGGUCUCUGGUUCUGAACGGUCAGGAUCACUGGGUUCUGGACUUCUACGCCCCCUGGUGUGGACCCUGUCAACACUUCGCCCCAGAGUUUGAAGUCCUUGCUCGAGUUCUUAAAGGGAAGGUCCGAGCGGGGAAGGUGGACUGUCAGUCUCAUUAUCAGACCUGUCAAUCAGCUGGAAUCACCGCCUACCCCACCGUCAGAUUCUACCCGUACCUCGGAGCCAGGAGGUAUGAACACAAUGGAGAAUACAUCAACAGCCGGGAUGCAAACGUGAUCGCCGACACCAUCACACAGCGGCUACAGCAGCUGUCGCCACGGUUACACAACAAACAGAAGGACGAACUCUGAUAAUCUGAGCCGGUGCUGCCACGACAAAGACCAGCGAUCUGAUUGGUCAGAGAGGGACAGAGGUUUUAAUUGGUCCGGCACAGUGAUUGACCAAUCAGUGAACACUCCUUGAAGACGCAGCUGUAACUAACAGACUGUUACCUGCUGAAUGUACUGAACUCUUCUGCCUUGUUUUUAUUUGUCUUUUUAUUUUGUCUCCAUUGUUUGUAUUUACUCUAUGAAGUAAAACUGUGGGACUACUGUA